AUGAGCUCGAGGGUAAUACUGUCAAUGGCCAGCCGUCAGGCUCGGCUCUCGUCCCCGGUAAAGGCGUUCAAGGCCCCCAUCCAGCGACGAUUCGCCUCGUCUGAGCCGCAGCAGCCUUCACCCCUCUCCCAGUUUUACAAGGACUUCACCAGACCCGUCGCGAAGGUUCUACUCAUGGCCAUGUUCACCUACCAGUUGGCCUACUGGGGCUGGGUCAAGCUGGAGCAGGAUGAGAUCAGGGCCGAGCGUGAAGAGUAG